AUGGCUGGAAAAAGUAAGGCGGAUGCAAUGCUGCAUUAUAUGCCCGAAAUUAUUUGGCAUGAUCGAGAUUCUUUGCUUUCUGUGGAUUUUCAGAUGAAACAUGAUAAUCAUGGAUUUUACAAGUUAGUAACAACUAGUUUACGACAAGAAGUUCGAAUUUGGAAGGUAGAUUUUAAAAUGUUACCCAUUGGAACUGAGGAUCUUGGUGUACAGUUUGUCGCAAAUUUGAUCGGUCAUCAUACGACUGUCAACGUUGCACGAUUUUCUCCAGAUGGGAAAUUACUUGUAAGUGGCGAUUGUGAUGGUUGCCUAAUUAUUUGGAAAAUUGAUUCUAAGCGUCCAAAUUUUACCAUCUCGCGAUAUGAUGAUUUUCCGCCGAAUGUGGAAAAUUGGAUUAAAUAUAAAACUCCAUUGAGACAUGAUAGCGACAUCUGUUCGUUAUGUUGGAGUCCUGAUAGCCAGAACUUUGCCACCGCAUCCAAUGAUGAAUCUGUAGCCGUGUAUGACGGAAAUAUUGGUAAACGUUUAUGGCAUGUGAAAUCGUAUCGGCGUUUUCCGAACGGCAUUGUAUGGGAUCCGCGUGGCAAGUAUAUUGUUACGAUGUCUACUGAUAGAAAACUAGAUAUUUUAUGUGCGAAAACAGGAAAUCGUUUAAUCUGUAUUCAGAAUGUUAAUCUGCCGAGAACAGUUAUAGGAAAAUCAAUUUUAGGAGCCAGUGAUCACAAAUUAUUUCACGAUGAUCAGUUAAUGUCUUUUUGUAGAAUAUCAGAUUUUUCACCUGAUGGCGAGCUGUUGGUUGCGCCAUGUAUGGGUCGCCCAGUUGCAUUUAUACCAUCUACGAAAGCUACUUUUCGGGUCUCUUUCAAUCCAGUUUUUUACACGUUGCAUAAGAAUAUAGAACUAAACUGUUUGCAGCUUCCGUAUCGCAUGAUGUGGGCUGUAUUGACGAAAGAUACCGUAACUAUUUAUGACAGCCAACUCUGCAGGUGCAUCGCAUGUGCCAGUAAUCUGCAGUAUGAUACUCUAACCGACAUCAAGUGGAGUGAUGAUGGAAGAGUGUUGAUGAUUUCUUCUUUAGAGGGUUACAUAAGUUUUAUGAGAUUUGGUGAACUAGCUUUGGGGAUGCAGUAUGUUGAUAAUAUACCUUCACCUCCUCCGUCGCCAAUACUUAUGACUCGAAAAAAAAGGAAAGAAGAAACUACGAGCAAACUGAAAGAUAAAAAACCAUAUUCUUCAAGUGUUCAUCAUGUGACAAAUACAAGAGAAGGUUCCCCUCCCAAUUCGCUUGUGAAAAUUUUCAGACGGAUGCAACAACAGAAAAACAAUGAAAAUAAAAGUGCUGAAGACGGUCGGAAGAAUUCUGAAGAUAACCUAGAAACUCUAAAGAAUAAGCUUAAGAAGCGUGGGAAAUUGGUGCAGUUGCCAUCAUAG